CAUAUCCGAACCCUAAAUCCGAAUCCAGCCAUGGUAGGUAGCAUUAGCGGACGCAGAAAGCGAAAAGCAGAGCAAAGAAACUGAAAAAGGAAGGAGAAGAAGCACUGCGUGGAAGCCAUGGGAAAGAAGAACGAGAAUCAGAAAACGGGGCUAGGUCGAGCCCUGGUGAAGCAGCACAAUCAGAUGAUUCAACAGAGCAAGGACAAGUCUCGCUUCUACAAAAAGAAGGUUCUCGAAUCCUUCACCGAAGUCUCCGACAUCGACGCCGUCAUCGAACAAUCCCUCGAGUCUCUCCCCGAACACGCCGUCGCCUCCACCACAAUCAUAAGCCUGGACCCUGCCGAAAUGACGCCUGAAGAAACGAGGAAGCAGGAGGAGGCGCUACACGCCAGCAGCCUCCGAGUCCCGCGCCGGCCGCCGUGGACUCCCGACAUGUCCCCCCAGGAGCUUCACGACAGCGAAACGCAAGCUUUUUUGGUUUGGCGUCGCAGUUUAGCGAGGCUCGAGGAGAAUAAGAAGCUUGUCCUUACACCGUUUGAGAAAAAUCUUGACAUCUGGAGACAGCUCUGGCGUGUUGUUGAACGUAGUGAUCUGCUUGUUAUGGUUGUCGAUUCACGAGAUCCUCUGUUUUAUCGUUGUCCAGACCUUGAGGCUUAUGCACGGGAGGUUGAUGAACAUAAACGCACAUUGCUUCUGGUUAAUAAGGCAGAUCUUUUACCUGCUUCUGUCAGAGAGAAAUGGGCAGCAUAUUUUCGUGCUCAUGAUAUUCUCUUCAUCUUCUGGUCUGCUAAAGCUGCUACGGCAGCCCUGGAGGGCAAAAACCUUGGUUCAUCAUGGGAUGAUGAUAACAUGGGGAGAACUAAUAGCCCAGACACAAAGAUAUACGGAAGGGACGAGCUAUUGGCCCGCCUGCAAUCAGAGGCAGAAGAGAUAGUGAACAGGAGGAGGAAUUCAGGCACCUCUGAUGCAGGGCCAUCUAACAUUAAAUCACCUGCUGAAAAUACUGCUGGCAGCUCAUCAUCUAGUCAUGUAGUUGUGGGAUUUGUUGGAUAUCCUAAUGUGGGGAAAAGUUCAACUAUCAAUGCUCUGGUUGGUGAAAAGCGGACUGGUGUUACCUCCACCCCUGGGAAAACAAAGCACUUUCAGACAUUAAUUAUCUCUGAUAAGCUGACCCUCUGUGAUUGUCCCGGAUUAGUUUUUCCAUCUUUCUCUAGCUCAAGAUAUGAGAUGAUUGCUUGUGGGGUGUUGCCCAUUGAUAGGAUGACUGAACACCGGGAAUCUAUCCAAGUUGUGGCCGAUAGAGUCCCAAGACAUCUCAUCGAACAGAUUUACAGGAUAACGCUUCCUAAACCUAAGCCAUACGAGUCCCAAUCCCGUCCCCCUCUAGCAUCUGAACUUUUAAGAGCAUACUGUGGUUCCCGUGGGUAUGUUGCUUCUAGUGGACUCCCUGAUGAAACUAGGGGCACCCGUCAGAUACUGAAAGAUUACAUUGAUGGGAAGCUGCCUCACUAUGAACUGCCUCCAGGUACAUCAGAAGAGGAACAUGCUUUGGAAGAUCCCACCAGACACGACUCAGUUGACUUGCAUGCAUCAGAUUCGUCUGAUGUUGAAGAUUCUUCAGAUGUCGAGAGUGGUCUUGCACCAAAUCUUGAGCAUGUCUUGGAUGACCUCAGUUCAUUCGACAUGGCUAAUGGACUUGCUCCAAAAAGUACGACUCUUAAGAAGCCCAAGGCAUCUCAUAAACAUCAUAAAAAGCCGCAGAGGAAAAAAGAUCGUGCCUGGAGAGCAGGAAACGAUGAUGCUGAUGGGACGCCGGUUGUAAGAUUCUUUCAGAAACCAGCUAACACAGGUUCUCUGAAGGAUUGAUGAGGCCAUAUGAUCUUGUUCUUGUACAACAGCUUAUGUGUUAAAACUCAUAUUUACAUUGUUAAUACGAGGUUAAAGAUAACGUUUGUUUUGGAUAUUACGGAAAUAUGAUGUUGAGCAAUUUUACGUAAGCUCGUCCCAUAGGAAAAAGAUGUUUGGGUAAAUAUUAUUGUUCUUGUUAAUGGGUUGAGAAUGAUGCCAUAGGACUGGAAAAUCAGGUUCCAUUGUACUAGUAUUAGUGAUAGUUGAGCGCACACGUGUGUUUUCUACGCAUCUUUGUGCCGAUAAUUGAGACGAUUUUGAAGGUUGCCCGAUGUUUAGGACAAUAAAACAUUACACAGAUUUUUAUUUC